UAGGUCCUGUUUCAUUCACUGGCGUCAGGCAGACUGUUACCUCUCUCCACUUCUUUCUCUUUUACGUUGUAUAUCGACAGAAAACCGAGUAACUUUAGGUGUUUUUAACGUGAAAAACUCCGCACGAGACUUUUAAGACCACUUGUGCGGGCGACUUCAAUGUCAAGCGGAUUUUUUACGAUUUACCGUGAAUUUUAACGUGUACAUUUACCUUUUUUGUUUUUUGACAUGUUUUGAGAACACAGGAACAUCACUGUAGCUUAAACUAAUUUCAAUGUGGAGUUAGUUUUUGUGUCAUUUGCAGUUUUUUUUUUAAACUUGUGAUUUUUUUUCUCCGACUGCUUUCUUACACUUGUGAUUUUUUCCUGCUCGCUUUGAACGCGUUGCAAAUAUGACGUCACCGACGCCACUUUUUCCUGAAGUUAUGGCGGAGCACAACUUUUCUUACUCCUCUUGAUCUCUCAUAGCGCCUGGCUGUUCUGAUGGAGCACCUUCAGGGGGCGUGGAAGUCCCUGAGUAACGGUUUCAGCAUGAAGGACCCAUCGUUCGAGAGCCCCUGCCUCUCGCCCACCAUGGUCCAAGGCUUCCCCUGCCAGCGCCGCUCCUCCGACGACAGCAAGAUGCCUGAUUCCAAGACAAGCAGCACAAUCCGCGUCUACCUCCCAAACCAACAGCGCACUGUGGUAAAUGUGCGUCCGGGUAUGACUUUGCACAGUUGCCUGAUUAAAGCCUUAAAGGUCAGAGGUCUCCAGCCCCAGUGCUGCGCUGUGUUUAAAUUACAACCGGCGCAGGGAAGUAAAAAGCUCAGAAUGGACUGGAACACUGACUCCACCUCUUUAAUCGGUGAAGAGCUCCUCGUGGAAGUUUUAGAUCACGUGCCCUUGACAACUCAUAAUUUUGUUCGUAAGACGUAUUUGAAGUUAGCCUUUUGUGACAUCUGCCAGAAGUUCCUCAUUAAUGGAUUUCGUUGCCAAACCUGCGGCUACAAAUUUCACGAGCACUGCAGCACCAAAGUCCCAACGAUGUGUGUCGACUGGAGCAACAUAAGACAACUCUUGUUAUGUCCGACACCCGGAGAAGGCAGCGCUCCGUCUCUUCCUCCAAUGACGUUUCGGAGAAUGAGGGAAUCUUUAACGAGGAUUCCGAGCUCCGCUCACAGAUACUCCACGCCUCACGCCUUCAACUACAACACAUCCUAUGCGUCUCCGGGGGGCACUCUCUCCCAGAGGCAACGCUCCACCUCUACGCCCAACGUCCACAUGGUCAGCACCACCCUGCCCAUCGACAGCAGCAUGAUGGAGCUAGACGGCCUGAAUGCCUCCUCCUCAUCCUCCUCCUCCAGCUCCUGGUGUCAUAGAUUCUGGCUCAAGAGGAAAGUAGGUAUAGUCCACUUCUCCCAGUCAUUUGCUGAGGCCACACCCGAGGUUUCUGACAAGGACGCCAUGUGUGAUCACAACUCGGCAGGGAGCUCUCCAAACCAGAGCCCCACCGGCUGGGCCCAGGCCAAGACCCCGGCUCCUGCUCAGCGUGAGAGGGCUCCUUCUCUCAACACUCAGGAAAAAAAUAAAAUAAGACCUCGAGACAAACGGGAUUCCAGUUACUAUUGGGAGAUAGAGGCCAGUGAGGUGUAUCUGCACUCCUGCAUCGGAUCAGGCUCUUUUGGAACUGUAUACAAAGGGAAAUGGCACGGUGACGUAGCAGUGAAAAUUUUAAAGGUCAAAGAUCCGACUCCUGAACAGUUUCAAGCCUUCAGAAACGAGGUGGCCGUUUUGCGGAAAACGCGACAUGUCAAUAUUCUGUUGUUUAUGGGUUAUAUGACGAAAGACAACCUGGCCAUAGUGACGCAGUGGUGCGAAGGGAGCAGCCUUUACAAACACAUCCACGUCCUGGAGACCAACUUCCAGAUGAUCCCGCGAAUAGACAUCGCCCGGCAAACGGCACAGGGCAUGGACUACUUGCACGCAAAGAACAUCAUCCAUCGUGACAUGAAGUCCAACAACAUCUUUUUACACGAUGGAUUAACGGUUAAAAUUGGGGACUUUGGUCUUGCGACUGUCAAAACGAGGUGGAGCGGGUCACAUCAGGUGGAGCAGCCGUCGGGUUCGAUCCUGUGGAUGGCUCCUGAGGUGAUUCGAAUGCAGGACAACAAUCCGUACAGCUUCCAGUCUGACGUCUAUUCCUAUGGAAUUGUGCUCUUUGAACUCAUGACUGGAGAGCUUCCAUAUUCUCAGAUCGCAAACCGGGAUCAGAUCAUCUUCAUGGUGGGCGGAGGAUACCUGUCUCCAGACCUCAGUAAGCUCUUCAAAAGUUGUCCCAAAGCCAUGAAAAGGCUGGUCGCCGACUGCAUCAAGAAAUCCAAAGAUGAGAGACCUCUUUUUCCACAGAUCUUAUCGUCCAUCGAGCUGCUCCAACACGCUCUCCCGAAGAUCAACCGCAGUGCCUCGGAGCCGUCCCUGCAUCGAGCGGCCCACACGGAGGACAUGAACACCUGCACCCUGACCUCCACCAGACUGCCCGUGUUCUAAAGACUUAAACCCCCCACCCCCGUCACCUCCGCCCCCUUUCACGACCCAAAGGCAAUAGACCCAAAGCGAUACACAAACUACCGCAGACACUGUCAAACCUGCAGGGACAAUGCGUUUAUGAGAUUAUGAAUGAAGGCAAAAACGGACCCACACACAUGAAGAUCGGCAGGAUCACGGUGAAGAAGGUGCCUUACUCUUGUUGUCUUCCCUUGUUGACGGUUACAACGUUGUAAAUAUUUCGCGUACUGUAUAUCUACCUAAAGACAGCACAAAUGGACGUCAGUGUCGUAGCUCAGCAGUUCUUGAUUCUUUUGUCUUAAAUGAGAAAAAUCUUAAAAUGGUGGAAAGUUUUUUUGUUUUGUUUUUUUUGUCUUGGUGUAGACUGGCCGUUGUCUCGUUGGAUCUCGUUGGAGCAGUUGUAGUAAAAUGGAGGUGUAGAUACCACACACUUUUGGUCCUUCCUCUGCUUUUCACGAGCUGGGCUGUUGUCUUAAAUAUUUCAAUCACAUGGAGACUAACGUGUACUGUCUGUCAUGUCUCUUUCAAGAGGUUAAACAUAUUGUAACUGGGCGAGAAUGUUCUCUAUUCACUAUUUUAAUAAAAUUUAAGUUAAAUUUUUGUGCCAAA